AUGAAGCCUAAUUCAUCACCCACCGAUGAUGGUGUGCGAAGCAGGAGGAAAACGUCGUCCAGAGGCCACCACCGGUACGUCGGAGUCCGCCAACGGCCAUCCGGGAGGUGGGUUGCUGAGAUCAAAGACUCCUUGCAAAAGGUGAGGCUUUGGCUGGGAACUUUUGACACUGCAGAGGAUGCUGCCAGGGCUUAUGAUGAAGCUGCCAGAGCACUCAGGGGAGCAAAUGCUCGCACCAAUUUUGAGUUGCCUGAGAACGAUGAUGAUGAUUUGCCUGACAAGGGUGAACCAUUCUCCUUUGAAGAAGCCUGCAGGACUGAAGAGCCUGAAGGCCUUGUUGGUGCUCUCAAGGCUAAGUUAUACAGUGAAACCAACAAGACUUCCUUAGGAAUACUGAAUAUCAAUUCUCAGGCAAACACAGCUUCUUCGCAGCAGAGUACUCCUCAAUCCACUGUCAAUCUUCCAGUCUUUUCCUUCAAUAACAUCUCCAAUGCCGCGGCCGCGAAUAAGCCACAAACAUCUGCUGCUCCAAGCUUGGCAAACAACAUUGGAUCAUCAUCUGUUGGGAAUAGCAUUAAUCCAAUGGUCUUAGGACAUAAUUAUGAUCAUAGUUUGAGGCAGAACCAUGAUCAAGUUGAAGAAAUGGUGCAAAAUAAUUCAGCUAGUGCUAUGCAAUGGCAAAUAGGAUCCCCGGCCUCAGGCAUGAUGUGGGCUAAUAAUCAGCAUGGAGUUGCAUGGGCAGCUCAAAUAAACCAUGUUCAAGAACAGGAUCCCCUGUUCACUACUUCCACAACUACUAGUGCAUGGUCAAUUCCAAGUACAACAAGUCAAUCAAGUGUUGAAAUGCCUUAUUCAUUCCCUGCCAGUAGUUCAAGUGGGCAGUUGAUGACAAGUAAUACAGGAAAUGUGGACAUGUUACAUGUCCAGGAGGUUGUGUCUCAAAUGAGCGGAUUAAACUCAGGAGUGGCUAUGCCCUCAGAACAACAGAUUUUGCAUUGUGAAAAUACCAAUUGGGGUAGUGGUGUUAAUGCCACUUGGGACCCUUUUCUUUACGUUUCCUCUGUCUUAGGCUGA